AUGUCUUGGUUAACAAUCUUCACUAGUUUCGCUGUUUUAUCUUCAUUAGUUAUUGCUGAUGAUCCAUGUCGAUUUGAAUAUCCUGCAAAAGGUGUCAUUGAUUUAACUUCUUUAGGUCGAACUGAUGGAAAACCUGCAUAUCCUGAUAAAUUACCACUGACAGGAUCUGGCUAUAAAUAUAGUUAUAAUCCAUGUAAACCAUUUAACGAAGGACCUAGUUGUAAUGGAGUAGCUGCUUGCCAAGUUUCGAUGGAUGGACAAUACAGCUUUUCUCUUGGUACACAAGAGAGUGCAAGCUGGAAUCCAGGUGGUUUAGGAAGUGGUCCUUCAGUUACUUAUUCAGCUGGUGAAAAAACAGUCGUUGUUAUAUUAGAAUGUGUAACUGAUGGUACCAAUGAAUUAGAAGCUUUAGGUGAACCUUCAAUCAAUUACUAUAAACUUAAUUUAAAAAAUAAAUGUGCUUGUUGGGAUGGAUGUGGUACGUAA